ACUUGGGAUUGCUUCACCACUUAACCAUUCCAUAGUUCCCUUUCUCUGCACUCAAAGGACAAACCACUUCACAAACUUAUACACAAAUUGAUCCUUCCUCUCCCUUCCACAUCCUCACUAGCUGCUUCCCCUCGUUCUUCUCUUGACUUGUGUUCUUCUCACGGAACAGAACAUGUCGUUUCAGGCACAGCCUCAGCAGCCAGUUCAGGUGUACCCCAUCAGUGUCACAAACCAGCCACCUUCCCAUCAUUCCAAUGGAUCUUUUGGGGCAGUUUUCAUUGUCCUCGCUGUCAUUUUAGUCAUUUCUCUCAUUGCUUGCUUUCUCGGUCGCCUCUGCAGCCGCCGCCGUCCCGGCCCCGAGAGCCAUGGUGGUGGUCAUAGCCAUAAGCCCUUCAAGCAGCAAAACAUGAAUCAUAAUCACGACCAGAAUCAGAACCAAAACCAUCUCUUUCAACCCAAUGAGGGUGAUGUUGAACUUGGGUUCGACAAGAGAAUCCCAACCACCAAACCCAAUGGACCUGGGCAUGGGCCUGGCGGGCGUGGGCUCGGCUACGGAGGCAGAGGACCCAGGCCACUUGUCUUUGGUAGUGGCGGUGGCCGUGGUGGCAGUGAAGAGAAGGGCUUUGAGAUGAAUGGGGGAAAAGGAAGUCUUAGAGGCCACGGGCACGGCCAAGGGCAUGGGCAUGGGCAUGAUAGUCCUUGAAAGUUUACCUUGUGAAUGAAUAACAUAAUUGUUCCUAUCAUGUAAUUGGUUUUCUAUUCAAGUUUCUAUGUUCUUCUAGUGUUUUAGAUUUGAACCAAAAGUUUAUCUGCUUUGGUGUGAUUUAUCUGAAUAUAUAUAUAUAUAUAUAUAUAAAGGAAGCUUACUUUUAUACAUCUAGCAAGUUAGGAUCCAAUCAUCUUAAGAAGAGUGUUUGACCCAUUUUAUGAAUUGUAUGGUUGUUCAUGGUGUGAUAUGAGAGUCUCUUGGCUUUGUUUUUUAUGCAUGAAAGUAUGUGUCACUGUUAUUGAUUUUAUGCAGAGGAUGAUUUCGGUCAUUUGAUAAAUAUGUGACACUAUUGGAUGCAGAUAUUUGAAGAAAAUAAUAUCAAGUGAGGUUUAUUUAGGGGAAAAUUGAAGAAAAGGACCUAUUAAACAAACUAAUUGAAAAAAGGACUUAACUCGCGGCACACAGAACAAAAGUGCAGGACCAUGGAAGAUAAAAUGCAGGUUGGAGAAGGAAAAUAGCAGAUUUUGGAUUUGGUCCUUUUCCCCAAUUAAUUUGCCUAUUUAGUCCUUUUCCACAAUUUUCCCGAGUAUUUACCAGUUUCUUCUUUAUGGGAGUAAAAAUUUUCA